AUGGCCCUGCGCCCCGGGCCCGCGGGGCCCCCGCGCCGCGCCCGGCGCGUCAUCAUCAACGUGGGCGGCUGCCGCGUGCGCCUGGCCUGGGCUGCCCUGGCGCGCUGUCCCCUGGCGCGCCUCGAGCGCCUGCGCGCCUGCCGCGGCCCCGACGAGCUGCUGCGCGUGUGCGACGACUACGACGCGGGCCGCGACGAGUUCUUCUUCGACCGCAGCCCGUGCGCCUUCCGCGCCAUCGUGGCGCUGCUGCGCGCCGGGAAGCUGCGGCUGCUGCGCGGGCCCUGCGCGCUGGCCUUCCGCGACGAGCUGGCCUACUGGGGCAUCGACGAGGCGCGCCUGGAGCGCUGCUGCCUGCGCCGCCUGCGCCGCCGCGAGGAGGAGGCGGCCGAGGCGCGCGCGGGGCCGGCGGGGAGCCCGGGGCGCGCGCUGGGGCCGGCGCGCGGCCCCCCGCGCCUGCUCGACGGCGGGGACAGCCCGCUCUCGGGGCCGGCCGGCAAGCUCUUCGCCUGCAUAUCCGUCGCCUUCGUGGCCGUCACGGCCGUCGGCCUCUGCCUGAGCACCAUGCCGGACAUCCGUGCCGAGGAGGAGCGGGGCGAGUGCUCCCGCAAGUGCCGCAACCUCUUCGUGCUGGAGACCGUGUGCGUGGGCUGGUUCUCGCUGGAGUUCCUGCUGCGCUCGCUGCAGGCCGAGAGCAAGUGCGCCUUCCUGCGGGCGCCGCUCAACAUCAUCGACGUGCUGGCCAUCCUGCCCUUCUACGUGUCGCUGCUCGUGGGGCUGGCGGCGGGCGGCGGGGCGGGCGCGGGCCCGGGGGGCAACAAGCUGCUGGAGCGCGCGGGGCUGGUGCUGCGGCUGCUGCGCGCGCUGCGCGUGCUCUACGUGAUGCGCCUGGCGCGCCACUCGCUGGGGCUGCGCUCGCUGGGGCUGACCGUGCGCCGCUGCGCGCGCGAGUUCGGGCUGCUGCUGCUCUUCCUGUGCGUGGCCAUGGCGCUCUUCGCGCCGCUCGUGCACCUGGCCGAGCGCGAGCUGGGCGCGCGCCGCGACUUCUCCAGCGUGCCGGCCAGCUACUGGUGGGCCGUCAUCUCCAUGACCACCGUGGGCUACGGCGACAUGGUGCCGCGCAGCCUGCCCGGGCAGGUGGUGGCGCUCAGCAGCAUCCUCAGCGGCAUCCUCCUCAUGGCCUUCCCGGUCACCUCCAUCUUCCACACCUUCUCGCGCUCCUACUCGGAGCUCAGGGAGCAGCAGCGCGCCGCCGGCCCCGAGCCGGCCCCGCGCGAGGACAGCACGCGCUCCACCACCGCCACGGCCGCCGAGGACAGCUCGCAGGCGCCCGACGGCGGCGGCCCGGCCGGGGACUCCGCGGAGACGCCGCGCGCGCGCGCGGGGCCGGCCUGA